AUGCGGCGAACCCAGGACGGAGGAAGAACAAUGGCAGAGCGGAUUGGAUUCGUCGGGUUGGGAAUAAUGGGCAAGCCGAUGGCGCGGAACCUGAUGACCGCGGGCUACGAGCUGACCGUGUACGACAUCGUGGGCGAGCCGGUUGAGGAGCUGGCCACAGAGGGAGCGACCGCGGCAUCAACACCGGCGGGAGCCGCGGCGGGCAGCGCCAAGACCAUCACGAUGCUGCCGGACUCGGCCGAUUCCGAGCGGGCGAUCCUGGGACCGGCGGGAGUGCUGGAAGGAGCGGAAGCGGGCUCGGUGAUCAUCGACAUG